UUUUUAGUUCCAGUUUCAUUUCACAAUCCAAAUGACGGCAUCAUCAUCAGUAUCCUCUCACUUCCUCUUCGUUCUCCGUUCACAACCGCCGUUACCGUCACCGUCAUCUUCUUCCUCCUUCAUUUCAUUUCUCAAACCUUUCUUUCUUCCUUCUUCCAAUAUUACCCUUCGAAAAUUUCAUCUACACCCACCUCUUCAGAAAACCCUUUCACCAUCUUUCUUAUCCACACCCCCUUUUUCUUCCCGUGCUUUUUUCUACACCCCUCCUCUCUCUUCCUUUGUUGAAGGUUCAGCUUCAAAAUUCAUAGAAGAAGAUGAAGAUGAAUAUGAUGAAGAAGGAGAUGAAUUUGAAAGUGAAAGAGACGAUUUUGAAGAUACCAAAGUGGUGGUGGAUGAAAUUGGAACUACAUCGUCGCCAUUGGUGAGUAAGAGAGAAGAGAGAUUGAAAUUGGAAGUGCCGAGUUUGAGUGUGAAAGAAAGGAAAGAACUUGGGUCUUAUGCACAUAGUUUGGGGAAAAAGCUUAGCACACAAUUGGUGGGUAAGUCUGGUGUUACCCCCAAUCUUGUUACUGCUUUCAGUGAUAACCUUGAAGCUAAUGAACUUCUUAAGAUUAAAAUACAUGGGAGUUGUCCCGGUGAGUUAGAAGAUGUUGUGAAGCAGUUGGAAGAAUCAACUGGUUCAGUGACCGUUGGUCAGAUUGGUCGAACCCUUAUUUUAUACAGGCCUAGUCUCUCCAAAUUGAAGGUAGAAGAAAAGAAGAAACAAGUUCGGAAACUUUUUCUGGAAAAACAAAAUAAACGAAGACUACUAAUAAACAGGAGUAGGGAACAAGAACCCAAAUCAUCACGGCGGGGUUCGCCAUGGAAAGCGAGAGGCAAUAGGUCAUAAACACGUAGUAUCGUUGAAGGUUUGUCCUGGUGCAUGGCCUGAACAAGAAUGAGACUCUUUUAUGCGUACAUUCCGAUACCCUAGGUACUGGCAGGUGAGAAUUCAGGGAUUGUCGAACUGGACAUUGUACUGGCAGGUGAGAAUUCAGGGAUUGUCGAUUAUGGAUCAAGGAACUCCUGUAUGAGGUUGUGGAAUAUGUGCUGUGACCAGAGCCAGAGAGUAUAAUCUUAAAUUGAGUUUGGUUUAUUCUGUGGAAUAACCAAAACAGUAGAUUCUAUUGCGAUGAACAAAUUGCAUUUUGUUAUUACUUGAUCUGAAAAAUUAUUAAUUGCAGUUUUUUCAUGGAGAAUGCUGCUUCCAAUUGGCGAAAAAUAGUAGCAGAAACCCUUGAUUGAUAUUGAUAUAAACUACACUUACAGGAAUUAUCUUUUACUGA